GUGAGGCAGCUGGAGCCGGAGCCCGGUGUCCGGCUGGCUGGGUGUCGGCAGCCGCCAUGAGGCGGAGAGGCCAUGAGGAAGAGGCCUGCGGUGUGUGGCUGGACGCGGCGGCGCUGAAGCGGCGGAGUGUGCAGACAUAUUUAAUGAAGCCAAACACCAAAAUGUUAACACACUUUCCUGGAGAGAAAAAGGCUAAGAUUUCUUUUACUCAAAGAAUUCCACCUACAGGCAUUCGGCAGACCAGCAUUGCUUCCUUCUUCACCCUGCAGCCAGGAAAGACAAAUGAUGGUGACCAGAGGAGUGUUUCGUCUCAUAUAGAAAGUCAGAUCAACAAAGAGUCUGAGAAAGAUGCAGCCCAUCUAGAUCAUCUGAUCCAGGGCUUGGAGGACGAGUGCAUGUCACCCCCAUUAGCCACUUCAACCCCUGCAGAUACCCAGGAAGCUGGACUUUCUCUUCAUUCCCCCCAGGCUUCUGACCAUCACAGAAUGGGAACUUCGUUUUUGACUGUGCUGUCUUUGCCCCAGCCUGACCCCUUGGUCUGUGCUGGAAAGAGCAAAGCCUCAUUCUCUUGUUCCUUCACUCAGAACUUGGAAGGUCCUUACUUGCUGGACCAACAGGAAGGAGAUAAAGACGCUUUCUGGAAAAGGGAAUGGCUUCAUGGAUCUAAGGAAAAAAACUAUCAGGAUGUGGAGAGACGCAUUCAACCACCGGGGGGCAAAGGCCUUCAGUCCUUGUACAAGAUUAAAUUGGGAAAGGUGUCUGCCCGAGAAACCAGGCAGGACCCCAUCCUCCUUCAAACAUUCCAUUCCCGGAACGGAGAAAACACAGACUUAGUGAAACAAAGCCCUUGUUCUGUCCCUGCAUUUUCCUGGGACAGUGAAAAGAAUGACUCCUGGAGUCAGCUUUUCACUGAGGAUUCUCAGGGCCAGCGGGUCAUUGCCCACAACUCUAGAGCUCCUUUCCGAGAUGUAACGAACAAUCAGAAUCGGGACUUAGGGCAGUUGCACAAUAGCUCUUGGGCUCAGUGCCAGGAGAGGCCAACUCAGUUAAAUCUGCAGCCUGAUUUGCUCUUUACCCAGGACUCUGAAGGUAAUCAAGUUAUCAGGCACCAAGUCUAAAUACCUUGAUGAUGGUUUGGUUCUAGAAGUACCUUGAGAUGACAGAGCUAUAGGAAAAUAUUGGGCGGGAGGGCAGCGGAGGGAGGCAAGGGAUGAAGUUAUUGUUGAGCAUUUCUUUGUGUAAAUAAACCAGGUGGUGGCACUUGUUGAGACUGUAUGAUUGGCAUCGUGCGUCUCCCCGGGAAGAGGUGGCUGGUAACCAUGGCCAAGUCUGUGAUGAGCACUGAGAGGAGGUAGGGCAGGUACUUAUCCUUCUACUAAAGAGCCCUUACUUAGUCUGCAUAGCCCCCUCUUUGCCCUUUCAGAUCCCUGACUAGGACAUUGCUUCUUACGAAUGUAUGUUCUAAUCUCUGGCUGUUAUCUUACCCAUGCAACCUUGGGACCAUUAUUCCUGACACCGUUUUGAGUUAUAAGGCAUAUUUCCUGGGUCCAGGGGUAUGGGGGCAGGGGGGAUAGAGAGAUAAAUAAUAGAAUGAUGGUAGGGUGUUUUUGUUUUA